CUCCAGGGGCCGCGGUUUCCGCGGGCAGACUGCCGCCGCUGUUGGUCCUCGCCGCCGGACUCUUGCUCUCCGUGCCAAGCAGCUGCGCUGCUCAGAAGGUACCCAUAGGUGCGAUCUUCGAGCAGGGCACAGAUGAGGUGCAGGACGCCUUCAAGUUCGCCGUCCUCACGCACAGCCAGAACGCCUCCUCUGGCCGUCGCUUCGAGCUGCAGGCGUUCGUCGACGUCAUCAACACCGCCGAUGCCUACAAGUUGUCCAGAAUUAUCUGCAGCCAGUUCUCUCGGGGCGUGUUCUCCCUGGUCGGAGCCGUCAGCCCGGACUCCUUCGACACGCUGCACUCUUACAGCAACACCUUCCAGAUGCCUUUCGUCACGCCUUGGUUCCCAGAGAACGUGCUGGCUCCAUCGUCGGGUCUGCUCGACUACGCCAUCAGCAUGCGACCCGACUACCACCAGGCCAUUAUUGACGUCGUCUGUCACUACGGCUGGAAGAGCGUCAUAUACCUGUACGAUUCCAACGAUGGUCUGCUGAGACUACAGCAGAUCUUCCAAAGCCUGCGUCCUGGCCGCGGGUCAUUCCACGUGGAGGCUGUGAAACGAGUCCAGAACACGUCGGAUGCCAUCGACUACCUGCACAGUUUGGAAGAGGUCAGCAGGUGGAGCAACAAGUACGUAAUACUGGACUGCCCGACAGAGAUGGCGAAGGAGAUUGUGGUGACGCACGUGCGAGACAUUACACUCGGCAAGCGGACUUACCACUACCUCCUGAGCGGGCUGAUAAUGGACGACAGAUGGGAGAGCGAAGUCAUAGAGUACGGCGCUAUCAACAUCACGGGGUUUCGCAUCGUGGACUCAUCCAGAACUUACGUCCGCCAGUUUCUGGACAGCUGGCGGAAAUUCAACCAUAGCUCAUCAACUGCCGUAUCCCACGGAUACAUAUCGGCCCCGGCGGCGCUGAUGUACGACGCGGUGUUCGCCCUGGUGGAGGCGUUCAGCCGGCUGGUGCGGAAGAAGCAGGAGCUGCUGCGGCGCGGCGCCGCGCCCGCCGUCGAGUGCAACCUGGGCGGCGGCUUCGUCACGCACUGGGAGCACGGCGAGAAGAUCGCCCGCCUGCUGCGCAAGGUAGAAAUCGAGGGCCUCACUGGAGACAUCCGCUUCAGUGAGGAUGGCCGUCGCCGAAACUACACUCUGCACGUCGUCGAGAUGACUGUCAAUAGCGCCAUGGUCAAGGUGGCGGAGUGGUCGGACCAGACGGGCCUGUCGGAGGUGGCAGCCAAGUACGUGCGUCCCUGGCCCGGCUCCAGUAUAUACAGGAACAAGACGUACAUCGUCACCACCAUUGUGGAGGAACCAUACAUAAUCCUUCGGAAGCCAGAGGCUGGAGAGGUUCUCUCCGGCAACGACCGCUUCGAGGGGUACUGCAAGGACCUCGCUGACCUGAUUGCCAAGAAGAUCGGCAUCAACUACGAGCUGCGCAUCGUGAAGGACGGCCAGUACGGCGCCGAGAACCCUGAAGUGGAGGGCGGAUGGGACGGCAUGGUGGGAGAGCUCGUCCGGAAGGAGGCGGACAUCGCCAUCGCAUCGAUGACGAUAACGUCGGAACGGGAGCGCGUGAUCGACUUCAGCAAGCCGUUCAUGUCGCUGGGCAUCAGCAUCAUGAUCAAGAAGCCGGUGAAGCAGAAGCCGGGCGUGUUCAGCUUCCUGAACCCGCUGAGCAAGGAGAUCUGGGUGUGCGUCAUCUUCUCGUACGUGGGCGUCAGCAUCGUGCUGUUCAUCGUGUCGCGCUUCUCGCCGUACGAGUGGCGCCUGCUGCAGCCGGGCUCCGAGGAGGCGGCGGGGCUGGCCGUGGUGAGCGUUCCGGUGCCGGCGGCGUGCGGCGCGCUGGGGCUGGCCGCUGUGGGAGACGCGGACGGGGGAGGCGCCGCCGCGGCGGGCUGCGGCACGCUCGUCAACGACUUCAGCAUCCUCAACAGCCUCUGGUUCGCGCUGGGCGCGCUCAUGCGGCAAGGCUGCGACGUGUCGCCCAGGUCUGUCUCCGGGCGCAUCGUGGGCAGCGUGUGGUGGUUCUUCACGCUGAUCCUUCUGUCGUCCUACACGGCCAACCUGGCCGCCUUCCUCACUGUGGAGCGCAUGGUGGCGCCCAUCAACAGCCCUGAGGACCUGGCCUCGCAGACGGAGGUCGAGUACGGCACGCUCUACCACGGAUCCACCUGGGACUUUUUCAGGAGGUCGCAGAUCACGCUGUACAGCAAAAUGUGGGAGUUCAUGAACUCCCGCAAGCACGUGUUCGUGCGAACGUACGACGAGGGCAUCCGAAGAGUGCGUACGUCGAAAGGGAAGUACGCGCUGCUGAUCGAGUCCCCUAAGAACGACUACAUCAAUGAGAGGGAGCCCUGCGACACCAUGAAGGUCGGCCGCAACCUGGACGCCAAGGGCUUCGGUAUCGCGACGCCAUUGGGAUCGCCCUUAAGGGAUGAGAUUAAUUUGGCGGUAUUGUCGCUAAUAGAGAAUGGGGAGCUGACAAAACUGAAGAACCGCUGGUGGUAUGACCGUACUGAAUGCAAGCAUGGCGACAAACAGGACACGUCCCGCAGUGAGCUUUCCUUGAGUAACGUUGCCGGCAUCUUCUACAUCUUGGUCAGUGGAUUGCUGCUCGCAAUGGCUGUAGCCCUGCUCGAAUUCUGCUACAAAUCACACGUGGAGGCUUCCCGUGCCAAGAUUCCAUUAUCUGAUGCCUUCAGGGUGAAAGCGAGACUAACUGUUGGAGGAGGAAGAGAAUUUGAUAAUGGAAGAUAUUACACACCAGCCAAUCAGAUAAACUACCUUGACGAUGAAGAAUAUCAUACCAACACACAUACUCAAGUCUGAUGAUACUUGCUAAAUCGAGUAGCAGAUGAUCAUCUCUCAUUGCCUCAACAAGCUCCAUACAGUGUGGAACUGUGUUCGAUUCAACAAACAAACUUCAGUGCACCUGAGGUACUUCAAGUACAAGCAAUGUACAAUGGGAAUUAGUUUUCCACAGUUUUUAAAAUAAAAUUUAGUGUUUUUGAUUGCUUGUUAACUAUAUUGUGCCCUUUUUGUGGGUACAUAGUGGAAUGUUCUCAAGAUAGUGAUUUAUGGUGCAAAAUUAAUACUUUGUGAUUCUGGCAGCAUCUAAUAGUAAUUUAUGAGCUGCCACAAUAUGGAUCUCUAUGAAAAUGGGAAGAAAACUGCACAAACGUACUACUGAAAUCAUAUGGUGCCAGAGUGCUCACAAGCAACAAAGCAAUAAAUUUCAUUUCGUUUAUCAUAUUCCCACUGUGACUUCUUUUGAUAAUAUACAAGUAUCAUAGUGUAUUAAUUUGCUAAAAAAAUCAGUGUUACCAAUGUUAGUGUUUUUGUCUGCAUUAACAUACUGUAAAUCUCUGCCAGUGACUUAAUAAAAAUAAGCAUAUCUUUUAAUUCUUGGAGGAUUGAUAUAGUAAGUGAAGUUUAAUAUUAUUAUGAAACUCUGUAUGUUAUUUUAUUGUUGUCGUUGUUACACUUAACUUUUUAUUGAUAGUCGAAUUCAUAAAAUGCAUUUCCAAAAAAAUUAUAUAUGUGGUCAGUGUUACUUAUCUCCAUACUUCAUAUCUUAUAAAUAAUAUCUACAUUAUGGAUAGGACUGACAGUGAUAUAUAGCUCACAAAACUAAACAAGUAUUGGAAAGUCUAUGUUAAUGAAAUAACUGUAAUAAUGUUUUCCAACUGAAUCUGAACACUGGCUGUAGUCUUUCCUCUCUUGAGAUGUAGCACAAAAAUUGUGUGAGUCCUUCUUCCUCAGAGGAAUGUGGUGCUGUGCUAACAUAUACAUGAGUUUUCGUGUAGAUGAGUAAAACUUCGUUUGAAGUGUGCUCCUCUAGUAAGUACAUCUAUGAUUUUAAUUGCAAUGCAAUGUUCUUUGAAGUUUGUUAGUCUGUUUAUAGGUUGAAACUAGCUGUCUUGGAUAAUGAAGAACAUGUAAAUCAGGUACUAGAAAAAUGUAGAAUUAAUUUGGUUUCCAGCAACAAAAUUCUUCAGCAUUGGUUUACUUAGGAAUUUUUAUUGACUGGGAAGAAGAUCCAGCCCUGAACUUCUCUUUCUUACUGAACUGUUGUGCAGGAGUACACUGACAGCCUUUAACAAAUGACGCUCUUACACUUACACAGUUGACUUGUAUGUCAGACAAAGUAUUGAACAGCAGCUUCAAACAAGGAAUUGACUUUUAGAGGUCAGUAAAUGAUUUCAUAGAUUAUUUUGAAACAGAAAUUAUAGGUACACAGAAGCAAAAAUUGUGAUUCAACAGAAUGAUCCAAAAAUAAUUGAGAAAUUUGUACUAGUGUCUUCUUAACAUACUUUAUAAAAAUAAUUCAUGUGUAAAUAAUAUUGUCCUUUAAUACAAGGAGGAUAUUAACAUUAACUUGCAAGGCCUCACUCAACACUGACUUUGGAGUUUGAAUUAACGUAAUGGUGGAGUCUUUAACGUAUAUUUUGACAUUAAGAUAAAAUGAUUCUCCUGAAAAGCUAAGUAACCAUUAAACUCAUCAUUGUGUGUUCAAAACCACUUUAUCCCUGUUUCCUUGUGCCUAAUUAUGUUGUUGUUUGCUUUUAAUCAUGCAAUUAUUUCUAAGGAAAACAGUAAACAAUAAAAUGAAGAGUUCUUAUUUCUAGUAAUUACUUCAUAUUUAAGUCUCUAAGAUUCUUUAGUCUUUCUAGGUACCACUAUUUUAUUAACUUAAGAUUUGUGUGCUUUGCUAUCAUUUGCAAAACAUAGAUUACCAGUGUUUAUUUAACUGUUGUAAUCUCCAAAUCAUCUUAAAGCAGCUUUCUGAAAAACAUAUAGGCCAAAUCGUCACACUGUCAUAUGAAGAGAAAAUUUUACUUUUGUGCUGUUCGAAAACUGAGGUACAUAAUCUAACUCUCAACUGGUAAGACUUGAUAUAAGAAUGGAAGUUCAUUAGUGUCUGAGGUCAUGAUUCCUUAAAAGAAUAAUUUUUAACACUUUUGAUGUAUAUUGUAACUUCUGACUGUGUCUCAAACAAGGAUUUUUGCAUGUUCAACGUUAUUUUGUACUAAAUGUGACUAGAUGUAAGCAAACUAUCGAUGUCAAAUUGCAAUUUAAGGAAUUGACUGCAAUUGAUACGAAAUUUAUAAUUGUUGUAUGUCAAUCAACU